CUUUUCCUAUUUCAGGUCUCAGAACACCAGCACCUGUGACUCAGGACAAUGAAUGUGUCCAACAACUGCAGCUCCACAAAUCUAGAGCUGCAUCACCACGUUCGCCUCAUUGAGCUUGCUCUGUAUAGCUUCAUUUUCUUUUUUGGAGCACUCUUCAUUUUCUUUUUUGGAGCACUGUUUAAUGUCCUUGCCUUCUGGGUGUUCUCCUGCAAGAUGAAGAAGUGGACAGAAACCAGGGUGUAUGUAAUGAAUUUGGUGUUUGCAGAUUUCUCUGUCAUCUGCACCUUGCCUUCCAUGGUUUAUUUGCUCUGGAGUGAGUCGGCCCGGGGGCAGCUCUGCCAGUUUACAGAGAUGAUGUAUUUCAUCAACAUGCUGGUGAGCAUCUACAGCAUCUCCUUCAUCUCCAUCGACAGAUACAUUGCCAUAAAGCACCCUUUGAAAGCCAGGAGCUUCAGGUCCCCGGGGAAGGCUGCGCUGCUCUGCGGGCUGCUGUGGCUCCUGGUGGUCAGCAGUGCCACCAUCCAGCUGUGGCAGGGACACCCAGAUCUCUGCCUCCACACCUACACCCCCAUUCCUGCUGCUCUCAGCCUGCUGGCCAUUUUCUUCGUUUUCAUUCUCCCCUUAGCAACCCUGACCUUCUGCUCCACAGCAGCCAUCAGGAACCUCAAGAAGCAUCUGAACAGCAAUUCAGCGGAGGAGAAGUCGAUCCAGAAAGCUGUGCACAUUAUUUCUGCAAAUCUGAUUGUGUUCCUGGUCUGUUUUCUGCCAGCCUGCCUGGGGCUGCUUGCCAGGUUUGUCAUGGAGAGGGUUGGAGUUACCUGUUCCCUGCUGUGUGCCGUCAAGAACCUCUCCUCUGUGACGAGGUGCAUUGCCACCUCCAACUGCUGCCUCGACAGUGUCUGCUACUACUUUGUCACCAGGGAGUUCCAUGAAGCCUUUCUGUGGCCCAAAGCCAGCACUCAAAAACCAGAG